UAUUUAAAUAAAACAAAAAUAGUCUAGAGAGAGAAGUACUUCAAAAAGCAAAAAGUCUAGUGAGAGAAACACACAUGGAGGAGAGAGAAUGUGAGCUUGCCAGCAAUGAAUUUGAAGGAUCAAAGCAAAGCUUUCUCUGAGUCAAAGCUGGCAAAAUUAUGAGCUAGAGAGAGAAACUCGAUUUAUUUUUUUUUUUUGAAAAAUUUACAUCUCCAUUGAAAAUCUAAUCCAUAAUUUCAAAUCUCACCCCUCUUUCUCUCUCUACAUAUCUUCUCUUCUCAUAUAAAAACCCUGCCAUCUUCUCCCAUUUUCUUCCUUGAGGAGAAUCAAGUGAUUCUAGUGAGAGAAAGUGAAGCAAACCAAAAAAAAAAAACAAAAACAUUAAAGAAGCAAUUUUUAUAGGGAAGAAGGAAGAAUUUAUUUAUUUAAUUCAUAAUAAAUAGUUGAUCAACAUUUUACAACUAUGUCUACAUCUUCUUCUUAUUCAAAUUCUCCUCCUCAUCUUCAUUCUAUUGAGAAGAAGCAUUGGUGGCUCAGCACCAAAAAGUUGGUAGACAAAUAUGUAAGAGAAGCAAAAACUCUGAUCUCAACUCGGGAACAGAGUGAGAUUAACUCAGCACUGGGUUUACUUGAAUCGGCACUUUCCCUUUCUCCAAGAUAUGAACUCGCUCUUGAACUCAAAGCCCGUUGUUUACUCUCCCGUAGAAGAUACAAGGAAAUAGCAGAUAUGCUUCAAGAUUACAUCCCGAGUUACAAAAUGGCUUACUCGGAUGACUCGUCCGGUUCAUCAUCAGAUAACUCGUCCCACUCCCUCUCUAGAGAACGAGUCAAGCUUUUAAGUUCAUCAAGUUCUGAGUGUGACUCACUGAGUUGUGAUUAUCCAACAACCUUUAAAUGCUUCUCAGUGUCUGAUCUUAAGAAGAAAGUUUUGUCUGGCUUUUAUAAGAACUGUGAUAAAGAAGGACAAUGGAGGUAUUCCGUUCUUGGUCAAGCAUGUUGCCACCUAGGCCUGAUGGAGGACGCCCUAGUCCUGCUCCAACACGGCAAGCGUCUGGCCUCGGCUGCAUUCCGACGCGAGAGCAUUUGCUGGUCCGACGACAGCUUCUCAUUCUCUCUAUCCUCCACCACCGAGUCGACUCACCCGCAACUCGUUGACCACCAGCCACUCACUGAGUCAGAAUCAAUUUCCCACCUUAUUGCCCACAUCAAACUCCUCAUCCGCCGUCGCGCUGCCGCAUUGGCCGCCUUAGAUGCCGGACUUUUCGCUGAGUCUAUAAGACACUUCUCGAAGAUUCUAGAAGGUCGUCGCCCUGCCCCACAAGCAUUCCUUGCAGAAUGUUACUUUCAUCGAUCCGCCGCCUAUAAAUCCGCCGGUCGGACCGCUGAAAGUAUUGCUGACUUGAACCGGACACUUGCAUUAGACCCAACAUCAACCGUGGCACUUCAUGCACGAGCCGGGUUAUUUGAAUUUAUUGGGUGUAUUACGGACGCGGUUCAUGAUCUUGAGCAUGUUAAGUUGAUUUAUAAUUCUAUUUUAAGAGACCGUAAACCGGCCGGUCCAGCUUGGAAACCAAGGGCAGUUCCUUAUAGGGAGAUUCCCGGGAGGCUUUCUACCUUGGGUUCAAAAAUUCAGGAAUUAAAGCAAAGAAUUGCUAUGGGGGACACAGGAAAAGUGGAUUAUUUUAAGUUAAUUGGGUUAAAAAGAGGUUGUACUAGGUCGGAAUUGGACCGGGCUCAUUUGCUUUUGGUUUUGAAACAUAAACCGGAGAAAUCGAUGGCGUUUUUGGACCGGUGUGAGUUGGCGGAUGAAAAGGAUUAUGACUCGGUCAAGGACCGGGCACGAAUGUCAACGGUUUUGCUUUUCCGAUUGGUUCAAAAGGCUUACUCGAAUGUUUUGUUGACAAUUGUCGAAGAAGAGGCGGCAGAGGUGGAGAGAAAGAAGGCUACAUUGGCCUUACAACAAGCACAAGCGCAAGUACAAGCCGAAAUGCAAGCCCAAGCACAAGCUCAGGCGCAAUUCCAAGCCCAAGCCCAAGCCCGGCAAAAAGUUGAGCCUAAUAAACAAAUUACGCGGAUUGAUGGACCUAGGGUAGUUGAGCCGAAGAGCGAACCACAAGCUAAUAUUGAUCGUGCUAAUGAGCAGCCAAGCUCUGGUUGUGGUGGCAAACCGAGAUCUUUUGCUUACCAAGGGGUGUUUUGUAGGGACUUGGCCGCGGUGGGGAGUUUGCUUUCUCAAGUCGGGUUUAACCGCCCUCUCGCGGUGAAAUAUGAAGCCUUGAGUUGUUAAGGGUUGCUUAAUGUAAUAAUAAUUACAAUAAUUUAGAGGUAAAAAUUGGAUAAAAGAUGAAAUUAUUGGGGAAAAUAUGAAGAAAAUAAUUUUGGGGGUUUAUAUAUUAGAUGAAGAAAUUGGCAAUUUGGCAGGAGAAAGUAAUUAUUUUUGGGGUUUAUUUCCCUGUACAUAAAAAAAAGGGAACAUUUAAGGGAAAAAAAGGAUUAAAUGGACUGCCAUAAAAUUUUGGUACAAGUACUUUUGAUGUACAAACUUUUUGUUUAAAAAUCAAUUAUUAUAUUUAAAUUUCAGUUAGUAGUAUUAUUAAUGAAAUUAAUAUUUUACUAUUA